UUUUUGUUGAUUGUUCUUUCGAGUUUUUUUUAAAUUUUAUUAUUUAGGUAACCUAACUGUUUUCACGGAAAGUGGGUGUUACUUUAAUGUUAGUUUUCCAAAAUGUCAAAACGAAAAGGAGUUUCUCUUGAUGAAAAGCGUGCAAGAAUGCUUCAAAUAUUUUAUGAAAAGAAAGAAUUUUUUACUUUGAAAGAAUUAGAAAAGAUUGCUCCAAAAGAAAAAGGGAUUGUAGUACAAUCUGUGAAAGAUGUACUUCAGGCAUUAGUAGAUGAUGGAUUAGUUAGAUCAGAAAAAAUUGGCACUUCAGUAUAUUUCUGGACUUUUCCAGGAGAAAAUAUUACUGCAAUAGAACAAAGAAUAUCUGAGGCUUCCAAAAAGAUUGUAGAGGCAGAAUUUAAACUUCAAAAACUAAAAGAAAUUUGUGCCAAAGAACAGAUAGGAAAAGAAAAUACAGAGGAACGGCAAGCUUUACUGCAAGAACUAGAGGAAUUGAAGGUUAAGGAAGAUCAAUUAAAAAAACAAAUUGCUAAAUUCAGUGAUGCUGAUCCAGAAGCUAUAGCCAAGCUUGCGCAAAAAGCACAGGAAUAUAAGGAUGCAACUAAUGUAUGGACAGAUAAUAUUUUUGCUCUACAAAGUUGGUGUAAAAGAAAGUUUGAUAUAUCUGAAGAGUUUCUUAAUAAACAGUUCAAUAUUCCAAAUGACUUAGAUUAUAAGGAAUAGAGAGUAGUUAAUAUUCUUAUUUUAUUUAAUGUUAAAUAU